AUGGUACAAACACAAGUUGAUAAAAGUAAAUUACCAAGCUUUGUAAAGGACUAUCCUGAACUAUUGUCUGAUAAGGUUGGUGGUCAAGUACUUGGUUGCUCUGAUCAAUGGUUUGCUGCAUGUGUAAAUCUUAUCAAAAUAACUCCACCUGUUUGGGAUGCUGAAAAAUUUGUUGAUACAGGUAAAUGGAUGGACGGAUGGGAAACUAGAAGACAUAAUCCAAGUAAUGAUUGGUGUAUUUUGAGAUUAGGUAUUCCAGGUGUCAUCAAGGGAUUCGAGAUUGAUACAGCCUAUUUCACAGGUAACUAUCCACCACAUGCAUCGAUUGAAGCAUUGUGUGACGACCACGAACCAACCUUUGACAAGUUGGAAAAGAGUGACAAGUGGGUGGAGAUCUUGCCCAAGGUUGACCUCAAGGCCGGUUACAUUGAACAGAGCAAACAAUAUUUUGCCACUGAAUCCAACACUAAAAAGGUGACUCAUCUUCGUUUCAAGAUCUAUCCAGACGGUGGUGUUGCCCGUCUCCGUGUCUAUGGUGCCGUCUCCAAGGACUGGUCACUCGUCAUCCCAGGAGAACUCGUUGAUUUGGCAGCCAUUGAAAACGGUGGUUUGGUGCCAUUGUGCAGUGAUAUGUUUUAUGGCAAUGCAAACAAUGUAAUCAUGCCAGGUCGUGGUAUCAAUAUGGGUGAUGGUUGGGAGACCAAGCGUCGUCGUGGUCCAGGUAAUGACUGGCUCAUUGUUCGUCUUGCCGCACUCGGUAAAGUACGUCGUAUCGAAGUAGACACUAAUUGGUUCAAGGGUAACUUCCCAACCAGCUGUUCUAUCGAUGCCACCGAUGCCACCGACCCAGCUUCACCCGAUGCCAAGUGGACUCAAAUCCUUGCCAACACCCCACUCUCUGCUCAUCACCGUCAUUUCUUCCAACGUGAGCUUGAACACUGUGUUCAAGACUCUAAUUACCUUCACAUUCGUCUCAACGUCUACCCAGAUGGUGGUGUCUCUAGAUUCAGAAUUCACUGUAUUCCAAAUUCCAUCCCAACAACAAAUUAA